AUGAUAUUAGUGGCUUACGCUAAUGAACUUACAUGCGAGAAUCCUCAGCGCGGAGUUCGUCAGUCUCGUCGACUGGACGAUCUCCAAUCGUUGGUGGAUUUGGUAUGGACGCCCGAUUUCCUGGACGACCUCCAGGCUGGCGGACCUCCGCCGCAAUCUAUGCCGCCACCACCGCAACCGUUUCCCCCAAAUGGUGCCGGCGCCCCGCCGCCACCUCAUAAUUUACUGGCGCAUGCACGGUUACCAACUACUUCACAUCCUGGUGCAAAUCAGCCGUUUGGCGGUCAACCAAUGGCAAUGUCGCCGUCUUCCCAAAUGAUGCGAUCUGGUAUGCCGCCAGCGCCUCAACGACAGAAUUCCGCCAGUGGAGUUGGUUGGCAAAUGCAAGGGCCUGGACAACAGCGAGGUCCACCGACACCAUCUCAACAAAUGGAUUUUCAACCACAACCACCACCAACAUCUUCGCAGGUUGAUCUUCGUUCGGCGCCAAUGCCAUUAGGUGCAGGUCCUGUCGUCAUUGAUGAUAUGAACUUCCCAAAGGAUGUGCAGGAUGAGGCCAACAUGUACUUCGAGCAGAUUUACAACCAGUCAUCUCUUGUGGGUGAUUUGAUAAUGCGCUUGAAGGGUUUGAAGAUGUCGCAGAAUCCUCGAGAUCAAAAGGCAAGUACCGUGCCGUGGAGUUUGGUGAUCUCAUCGAAAUUGCUUGAUGUUUAG